AUGCUGGGUCACUACUUCUUCUACCACAGUCUGGAUGGUCAGCCGACACCAGACGCCGACUACAACAUCUGGGGGGACUCGUUCAGCGUCUCGGGCCAGCAGGGUAACAUCGGGAUUGGCUCUCUGUUUGCCCUUCUGGUGAAAACAAUGCUUGGCCUUGCGAUCGUCACCGCGCUUGAUCAGGUUACUUGGAGGCAGAUCCGAGAGGAGCCCACUAAGGUGGCGACGGUUGAUGAUGUACUGUCGAUUCCCACUGCUCUUUUCUCCCUCGCCAACCUGAAGCUGUGGCGGCGCUACCCUCAGGCUAUUCUUACUGGUAUUAUUCUUUGGCUUCUCUCGAUCAUAUCUGUUAUUGCACCCGCAACCCUGACGGUUCGAUCAACGUCAUAUAGCGAGACGAGCGCAGAGCGAGUGCCCCAUGUAGACUUUGCGAGUUUAAAGCUGGCGAGAUUUGGGAAAUCGGAGAAUGGGGUUUCCUUCGGGGGAGACAUCCUUUCCAUCAUUCCACCCUUCCCCAACUCUUCCUGGCACCUCGAUUUCGAUGGGCCUGCUCUGGAUUACCACAAUCUCGACCAGUCUUUCCGAAAUAAGAUCAUCGAGAACGUCAAAGUAAACAAUAACUGCUCGGACGGGACGGUAUACGGAUAUCUGUCGUGGGUCCGGACAGCGUAUGAUUGGGAGGGGCAAUUCCACCAGGUGACGGUUCCAGACACCAUUGUGCCUUUCGACAAGGAUACCGGGACUCUCCAGACAGUGACUUUAGGGCCCGCGUACGCGUCUUCUGAUUAUGGCACGGCACCCCUGACACUCUAUGUCGCCGCUUUUCCGGGAAUGCUCAAGCGAACGUAUGCCUACAAGUAUUGGGACGAAGACAACUGCCCCAAGCCCAGCACUUUUGUUGCCAACUUGGAUAAAAUCAACGGUGAAUAUCUCAACACCGCAGAGGCACGAAUGAACGCUCAGUAUAAGCUUAACAGCCUGUCCUACCAGGCCAUUUUGGAUGCCCCGGGUCGUGUUCUGGUAGGCACAAUCGGUCUCGCUCAAAGGCGAAUGCCUGCAGGAGUGAUGUCUGCCCCAAUAAUCACCCACGGACUGAAUAUGACCGAUACCACCGUCAUGUCCACAGUGAUUGCUUCGGCGUCGGAGCUGGCAUUCCUGUCGAGCUAUAUCCAGGAUAAUGGGCCAGUGGAUCCCGCCGGGGGUCUGUCGACGACAGUCCGCAGCAUCGCUGAAAGGAGUCUCCCCGAGCUUAUCGAGGAGGUUUUUGAGAAUAUUACACUGUCCAUGAUGAGUUCAGACAGUCUUCAGUUCAACUACUCCUCCCGUCUCGCCCCCGACAACGUCCCCGUCACAACCACCCAAAUCGUCAAUCUCUACUCGUUUUCCAAGUCUGUCCUCUGGAUAACAUAUGGCGUCGCCCUGCUCCUGACACUAGGUGUUGGGGGCGUUGGCCUGCAUGCACAUGUCUCCAGCCACGGCUCCUACACUACCAAGUUUUCGACAAUUUUCCGGACGACACGCGGGGCCACUUUAUCGACAUCAAUCGAGGCUACAGAUGAAAACGGCCAGGAUCCGCUUCCAAUGUAUAUCGCAAAAUCCACUAUUGCGCUUGCGGGUGCGACAGGGGCUGAUAGCAAUGAUGGUGUCGUGUCCGGCGCUUCAGGGUCAGAUAGACGAAGACUGCCGUCUCAUGCUGCUGAGCAACGUGAGAGUGAUGAGUAG